ACGUAAACAUGUCUGGUCUACUGUGGACGUUACUUGUACUGGUGGCUGCUGUCUGUGUUAAAGUGUUUAUAGUGGACCAGAGGGCUACUCAACACAGGGAUUAUAUGAUAGACAAAUUCAAUGCAUCUUACGAAUACAUUAUAGUUGGUGCCGGCACCGCAGGCUGUGUCGUAGCCGGAAGGUUGUCUGAAACACGGGAUGUCACGGUGCUGUUGUUGGAAGCCGGAGAGAGUGACCUGGGUAACUCCAUUAUCCGAAUACCCGGACUGGCUCUUCUGACCAUGGGUAGUAAUGUGGACUGGGAGUAUUACACUGAGCCACAGGACGGCAGGUUGCAGGGAUUUGUAGGAGGUAGAUCGUUUUGGCCUAGAGGUAAGGUCUUGGGAGGUUCUGGAAGCUUGAACGGCAUGGGAUGGGUCCGUGGUUCUAGACACGACUACGACAGGUGGGCUCAAUACCUGGGCACUGAUGAGUGGGACUACAGACACGUCUUGCCUUACUUCAAGAAAUCUGAGGACAUUAAAGUACCUGAACUAAGGGAUUCAGUGUACCGAGGGAAGGCCGGGCCAGUGCAGAUCAACCACCCCUCGUUUCUCCCUUUCGCUGAGACAUUGCUUGAAGCAGCAAACGCCUCUGGUUACCCAAUCAACCCAGACUACAACGGAAAAACUAUGGAAGGAAUAUCCUACUCCCAACUCAACACAAAGAACAGCGAACGUUGGUCAACAAGCCAGGCUUACAUCCACUCAGACUCGAGCAGGUCAAACUUACACGUGUCCACUCACUCACACGUCCAGAAGAUAACCAUUGAAAAGAAUAAAGCGACUGGCGUUGAGGUGAUUAAAAAUGGCCGCAAGUUCAGAGUUCACGCAAAAAAGGAGGUCAUUUUGUCUGCCGGGUCUGUAGGCUCUCCACAGAUUCUCAUGUUGUCUGGCAUCGGCCCCAAAACACAUUUGGAAAGUUUACAGAUCCCUGUUGUAGCUGACCUACCUGUGGGAGAAAACCUGCAGGAUCACCUGAUGUUUGACCUGGGUGUGAGCAUCAACCAGUCUCUGACCCUCAGCCUCGAUACACUCACCAGCUGGUGGACGAUGAUCGAAUACUAUUUAUUCGGCACAGGUCCCCUCACCUCCCCAUUUGCCGUCCAACACCUAGCAUUUAAAAGUACAACUGCUGCCACAAGAGAAAAAGAUUGGCCUGAUCUGGAGAUCCACUUUGUUAGUCUACUGCCUCAUACGUCCCACCAAAAAUACGGCUAUACAGAUCAUAUCACAGAAGAGAUGGCCCCAAGAAAUGAAGUUUCUUAUGGAUUCAUGUGUUUACCGUCUUUAAUUAGACCUGAAAGUAGAGGGAAGAUAACUCUUAGAUCCAGUGAUCCAUUCGAUUACCCGGUUAUUGUUCCUAACUAUUUAGAACAACAAGAGGAUAUCGAUCUGUUGGUUAGAGGUGUUCACGAGUGUGAGAAUAUUGUAAACUCUGGCCCUAUGAAAGCCAUUGUUGCAGAGUUCACAGAGAAAAAACCCUCGUCAUCGUGUAAACAGCACGAGUUCAAAUCCAACGAAUACUGGGCAUGUGUGAUCAAACAGAGACCUCUGUCUAUCUACCAUCCUGUUGGCACUUGCAAAAUGGGACCAAAAGGUGAUCCAACGUCCGUCGUUGAUUCACAGUUAAGGGUUCGUGGUAUAUCAGGCCUCCGUGUGGUAGACGCCUCUGUGAUGCCAUGGAUUGUGUCAGGGAACACAAAUGCUCCUGUUGUUAUGAUAGCUGAGAAGGCAGCAGACAUGAUUAAAGGGAAGAAACCCUUACCAGCUGAAAAUGUAUGAACUGUUAUUACGCAGUCAACUUUAAAAAGUUAAAUAAUAAUUUCACCUUGUAGCUUUUCAAUAUACACAGGAAUAUAAUUCUAAAUAUAUGUUUUAUUUUGUGUUUUUGUUAGCUGAGAAGCCGCUCUCACGUGGAGUCAGCAAAUAACUUACUGUCAAUUGUUUGUGAAUAGAUUGUCAUAAAAAUAGAUUUAUUCUUGUCCUUAUAGCCUAUGGUUAUAUGAAGUUUCUUGAUAGAAGCAUUUAUUUCAUUAUCUACCUUGCGUUAGCACGCGCGCGCACUCACUCGCACGGAUACACAUUUACACGCAUACACAUUUACAUAUACACACAUUUGCACACACCUCAUCAAAUGUUCAUUGUAAGCAAUUUUUAAAAAAAAUUGUUUUAAUUUUAUUUAAUCAUGCAUUGAUGGUCUUGUUGAUUUGUCGUUGUUAAUUGUAAUUUUAAAAUUACCAUAAUUGUUUUUGUACUAAACCUUAUAA